AUGAUAGCCAAGGAGUUCAACGUGGAAAUCGCUGAGCCUACGAUCAACCAGGAUUCGCAUGCCAUCAAGAGCUUUCUGAUCGCCCACAAAAGGCUCAUGGAACGGAGCGAUGAGCAGCGUGAUCCGGAUGUCCAAGAACUCAGUGACUUGUUCCGAGCUCGGCUGGGGAAUGAAGGUGCUCUGGCUGUUUACAGAGGGGCCUAUCGGCCUAGAGUCAGGGGGCAUGGGCCGGAGGAGGAGCCUGGGGAAGAGGAAAUGGGAGAGGAGGGGGCAGAAGGAGGUGAGGAUGAGGCUGAGGAUCCUGCUACGGAACCGGAGGGGGAUGCGGUUUUUGAAGGACCAGCCGUGGAUCCAGAUCUUGGAAUCCAUGCUAUUUUCGAUAUACCUCAGGAGAACGACAAGGAAGAGGAGGGUGAAAUGGAUGAGGAUAUGGAUAGCCAGAAGGCUUUCGGGUCUCAGAUUAUAGACGCUCCAUCUAUUGCUUCGCUGGAUUCGGACUCCCAGCCAAGCUCGGUGCACGUCAUUGACGUGGUCAACUCGCCAGGUGAGUAUAGCAAUAUGGUUCACAUGAUACUUGUUGUUUUGCUUGUUGUCAGUUUUAAUCUGCCUGUAUAUGUACCACUGUGA